CGGUCUACUUUUCCAAGGCGCUAAUAUUUAGUCGUUUAUUGCAAACAGCACAACUUGUGAUCAUGUUCUUGCUAAGCGGUAUUUACCAUUAUUUCUUUAACUUUCUGUUGGGCCAAGCAGAACAAUCGCCAAUUGUGGGUGGUGAUCAGGUUGUCGGCGUAAAUGAAAUAUUUAAAUAUUCAUUUAUGGUUUCGUUGCAAGAGAAAUUUCAAGUUUCCCGAAUAUUAGAGGAGGAGGAAUUUAAACAUUUUUGUGGCGGCAGUUUGUUAAAUAACAAAUGGAUUUUAACAUCUGCCCAUUGCUUAUGGCAAAGAAAUUUGGAAAAUGUGUUUGCGGUUAUUGGUCGAGGUAACUUAAGAAAUGUUUCACGCGAAGAAUAUCGGCCAGUACAGCGGGUGGAAUAUAUAUAUUUUCAGUAUUCUAGUCUUCGCAAUGAUAUCGCUUUACUACGCUUAUACGAGGCUUAUAACGGGUUUACUACUUACGCGAAAAUACCAAGUUAUGGUAUGAAAGCCUAUAGAAAAAAUCCUUGCAAGAUUAUCGGCUUUGGGGCUAAGCAAUUUGCUGGAGCGGUUCAGAAUCAAAUGUACAAAGCCGAAGUAUAUGUUCUUUCGAAUCGUGAUUGUCGCCGAUUGUUGAAUCGCGCUUGGGCUCCUCAAAAAGGCGAUAAUCAAGUUUGCGCUUUGGGCUUAACUCAGGAUACGUGUCAGGGCGAUUCGGGGGGACCACUAAUCUGCAAAUACCAGGGUAAAUUUUAUGUUUAUGGAAUAAUAUCGCAUGGGUUGAGUUGUGGUCUAAUGAAUGUACCUGCUAUUUAUACUAUUGCUGGGGCAUACAAAGAAUGGAUUAAUUCGAUAUCGGUGUCAUAUCUGAAGUUGAUGUAGCGGGCACAUCCUCGAUAUGAUCGGAUAGCUUGCCCGUACCAGUUUCGGGUAAUAAUAACGUUAAAAGGCCAGCUGCUAAUACGCAGACCCCGCAAAUUGUGGUGGGUAAAUACCAACCCAAGGGACCC